AUGACGCUCAACACUCGCAGUCACAUGCAUCACCACUACCAUCAUCAUCAUCAACAACAACAACAACAACAACAGCGCAUCAUCAAGCGUCAGUCUGCCUCCACCAUCGACAACUCGGCCAAAUGCCUUGCUGGUGGUCUCUACGUCGCUCCUGCCUCCGGUCAGCAAGUCCAAGUGACCAACGUCACCGAUAUUCGUUGGGAUCAAUCCUGUCUUGACAACACCGUCUCCAAGAUCGACAUCUAUGUCUACUCGCCGUCGAUGCCCAACCAGUUCCUUCCCAUCCACGUCUUUCAGGGUAUUCCCAAGUCUCAACAGCUAUACGAGACAAAGCUUGAUCCUCGUUGGUGGGGUCGUGAUCUCAGCCACAACUCUUCCGUGCCUGUCUCGUUCAACAUUGUCCCCGCCGGUAACGAGCCUUGGGAUUCGGGUAACCCUAUGGGCCCCACUUUCACUGCCAACUACGACGUCCCCAACCAGGGUGCUUCCAAAGCCGAGUCCUUCUUCGGCAAGCUCUCCAACUCGGUCAAGACUGCUUUCCUCGAAAAUGGUCACCUCACACCUGCUGGUAAGACCGCCGCGAUCGUCUGUCCUCUUGUUCUUUUCGCCGUCGCUUUCGGUCUCUUGAUCCGACGUCUCCACAUCAAGCGUCACAACAAGACCGUCGACUGGGCUGAUCACAUGGACAAGCGCAUGAGCAGGAUUUCCGUCGACUGGACCAGCGGUGGUGACGGUUCUGCCGGCCCCCUCCCGGCUACUCGUCCUGCCUCGUUUAUGUCGCGCCCUUCGCGUGACUUGGACGGCAACUACGCUGGCGCCCGUGUGCCCCGUCGGAUGGAGGACAUCACCCCCGUCUACGCUUCCGAAGCCGAGAUGCGCGAGGCUAUGCCCCGUGGUCUCUCCAUGUACGAGGAGGGCAACCGCACUUGGCGUAUCUCUUUUGCCGAUACUACUCGUGGUGACCGUGUCUCGCGCAUCAGCCAUGCCAACUCAAGCGAUGCUCAUGGUCCUAACUCGUCUCACUUGGCUCGCAUCGGUCAACAGGCCAACGCCCGCCGUUCGCAACUCGUCGAUUCGUACUAUGACCCCGAUGCGCCUGCCGUUCCUCAACUCAAUCCUCGUUACCGCCCUAGUCAGGACCACCGUCGUUCUCAGUUCUCGGAUGGUCUCGUCUACGCUGAAGCCGACGAGAUGCGUGAGCCUGAAGAAGAAGAUGAUGAUGAUGAUGUGCUCAUGAGUCCUACUCAGAACCAAGGUCCUCGUCCUCUCGGUGCCAAGGAUGUUGACCGUAUGCGACAAAGCCUGGACGCCAACGGCAAGCUUUCGAACCAAGAUGACGACGUCGUCAAGCGCAACUCGAUGCUCGCUUACCCUGCCUUGAGUAUGCUUCAGUCCGGACGAGAAGGCAGUGAGGGGGAGGAUAUGUUUGAACAAUACCCCAACCAAGCUCGUCGCACCUCCAACGGCAGUCAGCACUCCUACUUGGACCACCAACACUACCAGCACCCGACCGGCCGUGUUUCGGCACAGACUGGCAUGGCACCUCCUUCCAACUUUGCUUCGCCCGAUGAAGCAAUGAAGCACUACGCUUCGCUUCGUGCUGGCGCCAACUCGGCUAUGGGCGAGUCGCCAAAUGUGCAAAGCUCUAGGUCCUUGUACACGCCAGAUGCUGCUGCUAAUCACCGAGGUCACCAGAGCGUUGCAGGUUCAUCGCUCAACGAAGAAGAGGUGGUCGGCUACAAUGAGAUGAUUGACCACGGCAACCAGUCUCGUUAA